CAAAUAACAAUAUAUAUGUCUUACAAAAGUCCUGUUUUACAAAAUUCUCUUUAAUUGUUGUCUGAGAUCAGAAGUUCAUUAGCUAAUUCAGGGAAGUAGUAAUCAAAUCCAAAAGGAGUAAAAAAAUAAUUAUGUAUAAUUUGAAUAUGAUUAAUAAGAGGAACCCAGAAUUUAUCCACCCGAAUGUAUGAGAGUUGAGAAACAAGUUGGAUAAGUGAGCUCUGCAAAUUUAACUGAAGAAAUACUUGAUUAUUUGAGGAUUAAUUAGAAGUCAUUUGAAAAGUAGUGUAGUGAAAUAGAAAAACAAAUAAAAGAAUUAGUUGAAAACAUUGAAACUGAAGAUGAAGUGGAACCUAUUCAGUCUCGUAAGCCUUAAAAGAGGAAUUGAUUAUUAUAACAUUGCAAUUAUUUAAUUUUACAAAUAUAAACAGGAACUGAU